AUGAGAUCCGCCCAAUCUUCACUGCCUCAUGAUUCCACCAUAUCGCAAAAUCUCCAAGCAUUUCUACGAAUUUAUAUACUGAACUUUCAAGUUCACAAUAAACAACCGGCGAAUUUAAGUGAAAUUAAAACGCAAGUCGAACUGAAAGAGAAACAUCGAGCAAUUGAAGAUCACGCCGAAAAACCAGCGCGAAUCAAAUUUCCCAUGUAUAGUGAAAAAGAACAAUGCGUUCAAUUCGAUGCCGGAUUAAUGCAUAAAAUUAAACGGCAAAUUAUCAUUCGCAUCCAUUUGAACGGUGUUAUCUACACCUACGAAUCCGAUUUGGAUGUUCUAAGAAAGUUAGCGGAUGGUCACCGACAUCGGUUCUUUUUUACACAAAAAGCUCACGCUGAGAUGAUUAUCAAAUAUAAAGAUCCAUCCGGACGAACAAUUACGGAUGUAGAUAUUGAUCGACUGUCAAAUCGAUAUGCAGAACGACGACAGCGCGUUUAUAAGCACUUUGGUCAUGAAUUUGUUCCGAAGAUUUUCAAAUUACCCACAUUUUGUGCUGUUUGCAAUGAUUUUCUUUGGGGAUUUGCGUAUCAAGGUUAUAAAUGCCAACGAUGUGAUUGUGUUGUACAUAAACAAUGCUACAACCGAUUUGCAUGUCCCUGCAAAGGGAAGAAAUAUGCUGAAUUGAAUAUUAAUGCCGAACAUCAUUUCGAACAGCAACCAUUCUCUAUAAAACCAUCAUUUUGUGAUCAUUGUGGAAGUUUUGUUCGCCCAGGUCAUGGUCAAAAAUGUUCAUAUUGUACAAUGAAUGUUCACCGACGAUGUAUACCAAAAGUGGGAAACUAUUGUGGAUGUGAACAAAACGUGCUAGCCUUGUAUGAUAAAUGGAAAGAAACGCAUGAAUAUGAUCCCGAUAAAUAUCAAUACAAUGAUUUAUAUACGAUUUAUUCCAAUUUUGACCAGGACGGUCAAGAGGACAAUGUUGAAAAUGCCAUUGAACGUCUGUCUAAAGCUUAUCAACCGAAUAUAACUUCUGGAUUUGAUAUAAAACACUUUCGAUUAGUACGUUCAUUAGGCCAAGGAAUGAACGGAUCGGUCUAUCUUGUUCAAUACGGUCGAAAUUAUUAUGCGAUGAAAGUUCUUCGGAAAAACGCUGUUUUGGAAGGACAAGAUUUAGCUUAUGUCAUGCUGGAGCGAGAUAUUCUAAUUCAAAGUCAAUCGAAUCCGUUUAUUAUACAACUUAUCUAUGCAUUUCAAAACGCCGAGAGGCUGUUUUUCGUCAUGGAAGUUGCCAAAGCCGGCAAUUUCUAUCGCCUUUUACUAAAGCAGUCACCGCGACCAUUUCGAUACGAACGUAUUAUGUUUCACUCAGGCGAAGUCGCUUGCGCACUUCAAUUUCUUCAUUCGAAACGCAUUGCCUAUCGUGACCUUAAGCCAGAAAAUGUUCUGGUCAUGGAAGAUGGUCAUAUCAAACUAGGCGACUUCGGUCUAUGUCGCAGAGAUAUCGAUCAGUAUCCAAAAGCAACAACAUUUUGUGGUACACAAGAGUAUAUCGCCUACGAAAUCUAUAAACAUUGUGAAUAUGAUGAGAACGUCGAUUGGUGGUCGUUGGGCAUAUUUAUCUACGAAUUGUUCACGUUCGUCACACCAUUCUAUGAUGAAGAUGAUUCUCAAAUCGAAGAAAAUGUUCUUCACAAGGAAAUAUUCUAUCCUGAAACAAUGCCACGCGACGCCAAACGACUCAUAUCUGGUCUAUUAGAACGAGAUCCAAGAAUUCGGUUAGGAAAUCGACGUUCACCACAUGGGCUACUCAAUCAACAUCCAUUCUUUCGUGCUCCGUACACAUUGGAAAAUAUCGAAAAACAAUGCGUCCGACCGCCUUGGGUUCCGAGUUCCUUGACCUCGUUUGAUCCCAACGGCGAAGAGCCACGUCUAUCGGAAAUUGAACAAAAAGAUAAACUUUUACUCUUAUCAACCCCAAACGAUACAUUUCGCGGCUUUUCUUAUAUAAGUGCAAGCAAUUAG